GAGUUUCCAUCUUUCUGAUCACCAACGCAAUAUGUGGUCAUCACUUUUUGCCGGAACUUUCCAACUUGCAUGACUUCUUGUAACUUAAAACCACAUACAUACAUAUAUACAUACAACUCUCUCUCAAUCAAUUUCUUCCUAAUAAUUAUAUAUGUAAAAUCCCAAUACCCUCUUCAAUUUCACCAUAUUAUCUUAUUGAUUUUGAGCUCCAAAAUUAAAAGAAAAUGGAGGGAAUUUGCACUAGUUGCUUGUACUCUUCAAUAACCCCAUCAAUUGAGUACAAAAGCAGAAGAAAACUGUUGAAUUCCAUUAAAAAAAACCGAAGAAUUUGUGCAGUGAGUAGUGUUUCUCCUACAGAGAAAAGUGAUGCUUUACAAGUGAAGAACAUAUCUAGGAUUAGCGCUUUGGAGCAACUUGAUUUUGAACGUGGUGUUUGCGUUCCCUUUCGCAAAUAUUCCCCUGAAUCUGUGAGAAACAAGGUGUUAGAGUCAAGGGGACAGAUUUUAUCUUUGGUUGGUAGAGGAAUAGAGAUUGUUUGGAAUUUGGGGCUCUAUUGGACUACAUUGGUGUAUGAUUAUUUGGUGGGCCGUGACGAAGAAGUUGUUCCUUUCCGUGCUCGGCAGCUGAGGACUCUGUUGUGUGAUUUGGGACCUUCUUUCAUCAAAGCAGGACAGGUUUGGUGCUUUUAAAUU